UAUGUAUGUAACCGUAGUGUAUCGCCUUGAAGCGUGUGCGACACACGCACCUGAACAAUUGACAUUUCGAGUGUUGACAAACAUGCGUUUGGUUGCCGAUCGCGUAUUGACGACCAGAUUUAGUGUCCAGUGAUGUGAUUAGUGACAUGCCGGAAAAAGAGGCGGAUUUCCAAACCGCUAUGUCCGCAGGACUUCCGAUGCAGUUUCCCUCGGCUUUCGCCGCUUUUCACGCGCCUUUGCCCGUGGACCAAAGAACGCACGAGGGACGGUACGUUUGGGACCACAGGAUGCAGCCUCCGACUGGGGCUUUCCAUCCGCCGGCACCGCCAAGUGUUGGUGGAAGUCCUGGAAGCGGUCUACUUCUUGGGAGGGAACUGCAUCCAGCCUAUCGGUUGCCUCCACACAUGGAGUACCUGUAUUCUCUCCAACAUUCCACUAGUAACUCCAUUCACGGUCUGGGAUUGAGUCCAGAGUACUUAAGUGCACGGGGACUGACAGAAGUUCAUCCAGCAUCCACCUUAGGCAGCUCUGAGUUCCCGUUUAGUAUAGAUGGUUCUAGACUAAACAGUCCCCGACCAGGCAGCAUCCGAGCUUCCCGAAAACGUGCGCUUUCCUCCUCCCCUUACUCCGAUUCCUUCGAUAUCAAUUCUAUGAUAAGAUUCUCCCCUAACUCCCUAGCUUCUAUCGUCAAUGGAUCGAGGUCGUCGAGUGCAAGCGGUUCAUAUGGCCACUUGUCAGCUGGGGCAAUCAGCCCCGCUUUGGGGAUGCAUCCUAUGCAUCUGCAACAGCUUCAAGCCCAUCUCAUGCGCAGUUCGGGAUCGUUACUACCCCUACCCCCGGCCGCACCUCCCCCCCAUCCAAUGUACUCGUUAGGACAUCACCCGCUUCAUGUAACUCACAAUAUUAAGACUGAAAUAUUAAACGACAGAAAAAAGUCUGAAACUAGUACAAUAACUCAAUUAGAUGUCGAGUUGACGCCGAGAAAGUCCAAAGUGAAAAAAGAGCCAUCUCCCAAUUCUUGCGGACUAGAAGGACACAGUGAUCCCACCGAUCUCAAAGACGAACCAGGAGACUUUAUAGAAACUAAUUGUCAUUGGAAAGACUGUUCGACGGAAUUCGGGACUCAAGAAGAAUUAGUAAAACACAUCAACAACGACCACAUUCACGCGAAUAAGAAAUCAUUUGUAUGUAGAUGGGAGGGCUGUUCAAGGGCGGAAAAGCCUUUUAAGGCUCAGUAUAUGUUGGUUGUUCAUAUGAGGAGACAUACUGGUGAAAAACCUCACAAAUGCACUUUCGAAGGAUGUGCCAAAGCUUAUUCAAGACUGGAAAAUCUCAAGACUCAUCUUCGAUCUCACACCGGCGAGAAACCGUACACAUGCGAAUAUCCUGGAUGCGCAAAGGCUUUUAGUAAUGCAUCUGACAGAGCGAAACAUCAGAACAGAACACACAGUAACGAGAAACCAUAUGUGUGUAAAGCUCCUGGAUGCACGAAACGGUAUACAGAUCCUAGUUCUCUUCGAAAACACGUUAAAACUGUACACGGAGCAGACUUCUAUGCUAGUAAAAAACACAAAGGUUCCGAACAAGGCCACGAUGAUGGUCCGGCUGGAUUGGACUCAAGUCCCCGAAGCGAAGACAUGCACAGUCACAAAACGACAAGUCUUAGCAGUCCCAGUAUCAAAUCUGAAUCGGAUGUUAAUUCACCUGGACAGCAUCAACAAGGAAGUCCUCUCGGAACUACGCAGCUUGCAGCUCUCAGCGGUUUUAACGAGGACCUUCCGGGAGAUAUUGGAGGAGCCCUCGCGCCAUCAGACGAUAUACCUUGGGCUUACGAUGCAGAAGAUUUGGAAAUCGACGAACUUCCAGUUGUUUUAAGAGCAAUGGUGGGAAUUGGCGGCGAAAGAGGAGGACUAACAGUAGCCGAAAGAGCACCACGAAUUAGAAUGAAGCACCUGACUAAAGGAAAACCAACAACCAUCCCCACCAUGAAUACUCAAAGAAAAAAUAUUGCAGAUUUGAAUAGACGGAUAACUGAUUUAAAAAUGGAAGGUAAUACGGGUUCAGCGCAAACUAAAACGCAACUAACGGAUCUCCAACAACGUCUUCAACCGACCAUAGGCAAUACUCCAGCCCAAAUUCGAAGAGACAGUAACUCCACGGUUAGUUCCUACUAUGGAAGCAUGAGAAGUGCUGACAUGAGCCGCAAGAGCAGCCUUGCAUCGCAGGCGUCAAGUAUGAGGCCUGGAGUAGCUCCUGGUUCUUUCUACGAUCCUAUAUCAGUAGGAAGCUCCAGGCGAUCAAGUCAGUUAUCGACUACUACAACUGGAGGCGCGUGUAUUCCUCCAUCUCCACCUUCUCAUCUCCUAGCAGGCCAAUUGCAGAAAUUACAAAAUUCACCUAACGCAGCUAACAAUAGCAACUUAGUGUUACAGACGCAGAAUAUCUCACUUCAACAAACCGCUAUCCAACAAACGUGGCUGUCAUCAAAUCUCUCCAACAUCCCUUCAACGACAACUAGUACUGAUGCUCGAAGAAUGUCAGAACCGUGUCACACUCAAACUGAUAGGAAAAGUCCACCACCUCGUCCUGCAUCGGUUUCACUAUCGCCUCUCAAAAGCACAGCGAAUUCAUCAGAAUUGCAUCCCAACCAGGCUGUCGUUCUAGACGAAGUAGGCGAAGGGGAAAUGGUAGAAAAUAAAUUGGUCAUACCAGACGAGAUGGUCAGAUAUCUAAAUCAAGUUGCAGAUAAACAAAACGUAAUGAGCUGGUCGGAUACCAAUCAGAAGGGUUUAGACAGUCCAUCUCCAUCGGGUUUUACAUUGCCAUCGCCUCAGAAUAUGUCACCUUCGGGUAUAAGUCAAAUUAUACCUUCACCUAGUAGUUUAAAUCAGAUGAUGCAUUCGCCGUCCAAUAUGAUACCAUCGCCUUCAAACACACACAUAAAUCAAAUGAUGCAUUCCCCUGCAUCUAAUCUUAAUCAAAUGAUGCAUUCACCCGCAUCUAAUCUCAAUCAAAUGAUGCCAUCACCAGCUUCUAGUAAUCUUAAUCAAGUAAUGCCUUCUCCAGCUUCGAAUAUGUCGCACAUGAUGCCAUCACCGUCUUCAAAUUUAAAUUCUCCAGCUACAACCAACAUAAAUCAAAUGAUGCAUUCACCAUCUGCUGCAAACUUAAAUCAAAUGAUGCCUUCGCCUGCUUCCAAUCGAAAUCAAAUGAUGCCUUCCCCUGCAGCAAAUUUGACCCAAAUGAUGCCCUCUCCGUCAGCAAAUACCAUGAAACAAAUGAUGCAUUCGCCUGGAACGCACAACUUGAAUCAAAUGGUGCCUUCUCCAACGGGAAACAGUAUGAAUCAAAUGAUGUCUUCUCAAAUGACAAAUAUGCCGUAUCAAUCACCAAAUUAUAUGAUGCAACAAAAUAAUAUGAACCAGAUGCCUUUGAGAUGUCCAUCUCAAAUGAUGAACAUGAAUUGUUUUAAUAACAGACCAAUGAAUCAUGGAAAUUGUUUUUCCAAUAACGUUCAACAUUGGGAAACUUGUGGAUGUCAAGAUAAUCAUACGUGUCGACAAAUAAACGUACAAAAUAGUUAUAUGGGAAACAAUUCUAAUCAUUAUUGUAACAAUCAUUACAACCAGAACCACUACAAUUGCAAUAAUUUUCAAAGUGGCUACAACUGCAUUCCUAACAUGUCAGAACCGAUGCAAUCACCAGCAAUGGCGACUCCAGCUCCAUCCGAAAUUAUGAACCAGCCGCAAACAAGACCUUGCUCGCAUUAUACUCAAAAUUGUUAUCCUAACACUUCCUACCCGAAUCAGUGCGUUCCAAAUCAACAUAGUUGCCCGAAUUGUAAAAAAAUCGGAUACCAGUGUUGUAAUCAGAUCAACGAGAUACAGUGUAACGAUGUUAGCCAAUCCCAGAUGUCGCCGGGUGUUGCGCCUAAUAAUGGCAGCACCACAAUGCUCGGAAUGAGACAAGACACUUAUCAAAGGACUUUAGAGUAUGUUCAAAACUGUCAGUCUUGGGUAAAUAAUUCGGAUAGUGUUAGUAGUAGUACGCACCCUUUGAAAAUUGGGGAUAAACCUAAUUCUAAUAUGGUGGUUAAUGAUAUGACAUCAUCGCUUAGCUCUCUAUUAGAAGAAAAUAGAUUUUUACAAAUGAUUCAAUAGUUUGUAAAAAUGUGUACAUGUUUCUGCAAAAAUUUUGUAUUCAAGAAUGAAUGUUUCGAGAAAACUAUUUGUAACAACUAUCUACUUAAUUUUUAUAUUGUUUUGUAACAAUUUUUCCUAAUUUUUCACUACGAUAAAUAUCUUUAAAGUUAGAAGUUUUAUUUCCUGAAGUAAAAUUUUUGUAGGACAUCGGUGAUAAGCCUCUUUAAUAAUGUUAAUUGUAGGCUGUACAAAUAUUGUAUGAAAAUGUAUAUUGUGAUAUGUAAAUUAAAUUUUGCAAUAUUGAAUUUAUUUUAAAGGCUUUAAAGUUUUUUGUGAAUAUCUAAAACGUUAAGUGAAAGAAUUUUAUUCUGUCUUAUUUAUAUUCUGUAAAGGGGUCUAUUGUUGAUCUCAAUAUUUUUUCUAAGGCCACAUACUGCCAUAUUUGUACAUCUUAUUAUACGAAUACUGUUUAAAUGUUUGUUGUAAAUAAAUAAUUUUAUGUUAUAUUUUAUAAUUGCAAUGGAGAUAUAUUUAAUAAAGAUUAUGCUUAAUAAUCGUAUUUUUUCUUUCUAAGUAACUAGUUUGGUUGGUGUUUAAAUGAGUCCUUGAAUGACAAGAGGGGGAAGUUUUAGAUUGGGGACCUUUUUUUU